AUGACCUCGGCCAUUCUUAGCCUCCCAGAGGAGCUCCGCUACAACAUAGCCCAUUUUCUUGAAGGAGAGGACCUCGGCUCGUUGAGACUCACCUGCAAGCAAUUUCACGCAGCCGCCACAGAGGCUCUAUUCUCUUUUGUCCGCCUCUAUCCUUCUAGAGAAAGUAUAGAUAGAUACAACAAGAUCUUAGAGCACGCCGAAGUCAGUAGGCUUGUCAGGCAUGUCGAGCUCAAUACACUUAAGAAAGACGAGGUUGAGCACCAGAUGUGGGGGCGAGCAGAGCUUACAGACGAAUGCCUCAGCGCUUUCAAAGCUUUCCGGGGCUUCACCAACCUAACUGGCGUCACUCUCCGUUUUUCGGAGAACGGUUCCUCGAACAGCCGCCAUGAGUGGACCGAAUGGCCGCAGACGGUUGAAUUCCGCCAACCCAUCUUGCAAGACUUUUUUAAGACGCUGGCCCACCCCUCCGCUUCCAAAAUCAAAGACAUUUGCGUCGACAACAUCCAAAACAUAAAUGACAAAAGCUUCAUGCAGUCAGAAACAGCCCUGAAUGUGCUUUCAAGGAUUACCGCUUUGCGGCUGUACAUAGCCACCGAGUAUCAUGAUGCUUCUCCCGAAUGUAAUCUUGAAAUGGAAGAGCUUCACGACUUCAUGGCACAACUUAGGCCUCUCUGGCUUGAACCUGCAUCCAGUAACCUCACGACUCUCGUCCUCUACCAGUCGUUCUACUUCGGCUUCUCGCCAAAGCUGGAUCUCCGUGGGCUGCAUAUUCCAAAUCUCCGCACGCUUGCAUUGGGAAACUACGUCUUCACGCAUGACUGGCAGCUGGACUGGCUAAGCAGCCACUCAUCUUCACUACAAAACCUUUACCUAGACGACUGCCUCGUUGUGUUCUACGCCCUGUUCUACGAAACCGAAGUCGAUUCUGAGGGUUAUCCGGUCAUUGAUACGAAUGGCUCAAACGAUACAUCCCGGAUGGACCAGUAUAUGUUUUUCGACCAAACCUGGUCCCGCAUCCUCGGCCACUUCCGUACACACCUCAGCUCGCUCCGCCACUUCCGCAUGGGCAAGUCCACGCGCUGGCAGCGCUACAACACUCCGUUCCACCCGUCCGAGUACGAGAACCUCGAGAUCGGCAUCUUCAGGGACCGAUACCAGAUGUUCAACAUGGGCAUCGGCCCCUGUCAGUACACGGACGAGUUCACGAGUCGCAGCAGCCGCACUCCGCUGGAAGAUGUGUUCACCGAGGAGGACGGCAGAGGGACGGCAGAUGGAGACAAGGCGUAUGCCUUCUUGGAGAGGUUCGACGAGCAGGGGCGCGAGGACACGAACGCGUUGGUUGAGUUGUUGAAUGCCAUUGGGCAGCCGUUGCCGGAGGACAUAGACAGGGUCGGAGAUCUGAUGUUGCCGGGGUACUAG